AUGUCGCUACGUAUGCUUCAGAAGAAGGUUGGUGCAACACCAUCCGAGACGUCAGCUGAAGCAAAAGCCGCAGUCCAGCCAGGGGGGCGCAAACCUGGACAGGGAGGAGGAGGCUACUACUCUUCCACGGGUGAUGCGCCACAAAGCGGAGGUGGAAGCUACUAUGACACACACAAAGCCACAGGUGGUGCUGCUGGUGGAUCUUCAACCAUGUCAUCAGGCUACGUUGCUUCUCCUGGAGUUCGUGGCGGUUUUCAUGGCAGUGAUGCACAGAGAGCACAUGUGGAGGCAAUGCGUCGUUCAGUCGAGGAAUCUGCGCCAGCAAGUAUGCCCGUGCAGGACGUUGCUGUGCGGUCGCACCUAGGGCUUAAUGCUCUGAAGGAGAGAAAGCAGAAAGAGGAGGAGGAAAAGCAAGCAAAACGAGAGGCAGCCCGAGCGAAGCGACGCUCGGAAGCCACUCAGCAAGAAGUCGCUGACGAGCAGGCGCUGGCUGAAUGUGAAGCACAAGCGUGGCAAGACAGUGAAAGCAAUGAGCGAGUCAAGUAUGAAGCUGCUCUGGUGGUCCGAAUUGCUAUCCGAUUUGGAAGUGCAUCAGUUUGGACCAAGAUUGCGGAAGCGCGUGCAAGAGGUUCUGAACUGCCCUUGGAUCCACGUAGAAUCUAUUUGUUGGCACACCCUGACAAGUGCCCCUUGCCAGAAGCGGCGGAUGCCACAGCGAUCUUGAAUGCACAACGUCCUCCAGAGAUGACAGAGGCACGUCCACGAGCUGUACCAAAGGCUACUGCGAAAGCACCGCCUGCAGCGGCCCCUCCAAAGGCUGAGGCUAUGCCGGAAGCGGAUGUGGAGGAGGUGGGCGAAGAAGUUCGUUUGGAUCCAGAGAGUGGAAAGGAAGUUACUUUCCAACAGCUCCAAGAAAUGUACAAAGUCCAUUGGAUGCCUGAAGACAUCGAGGCCUAUUGGGCUUCAGACUGUGAACCAGUGAAGAAGUCGACAAAGCCUCGGACAACCCAGGCUCCAGCAGAAACUCCAGCUCCCAGUACAGCGGCGGGACAUGCUGGAAGCGGAGCACCGGAGGUUGGGAAGCAAUGCAGGAGGACAGGGAUUUGGAACCUACCGCAUCGUGGGGUCGCGGUCUUCCGUGAAUCGCCCAGUCAAGCUCCGGCGUUCUGCAGUCAUUUGUCAGAGGAACUGCACAAGUAUGCAUUUGGCACUGUUCGUUUCGAGAAUAUCGACGUUUCCAGCGUGAGUUGGGCAGAGGGCCAUUUAUCUGAGCUGUUUGUCACCUUAAGACAAGCUGGGGCAACAUCGCAGAGAAUCAAGGCGUACAAAUGUGGAGCCAAGGAUGCCAGUAUUUGGAGCCUUUGCGAAUGGCUCGUGUGCACAGAAGCAUCCAAGCUUCCACAAGAGAUCCAUUUGUCGCACAAUGAGCUGACCACAGCAUCUUUUCAGGCUUUGGUCACAGUUCUGGAGGUGAAGAGCUUACGACACCGACCAAGCUAUCCCUACUGGAUUCGGAUCGAGGGGAAUCGAGUCUCCCUGGACGUCAUCAAUGAACUGUCCAGGGUGGGGAAAGCUUGCUUGGCCGUUGGCAAAUGUGCGACCCGUGGCUGCGAACUGAUGCAGCAGGGGCAGACUUUGACGCCCGCAUUACUGCACCUGCGCUUUGGAGGCAACCAGCGGCCGGCACCGACGACUGUGGCCACCUUCCCUUCUGUCGUGAGUUCGAUGAGUGGUGUUGCUCCACAGGAAUCAUUGGCUCCAUCUGCUCCAGAGAACCCUUCUGCGCUGCUGUCAAAGAUCCGGAUUGCCACGGACAUGAUGAAAGAACUAGAGGCAGCCAGUGGAGAACCCACGCGAUCUUUGGCAGAGAAUGCCGCUCAAUGCGCUCAAGAGGAGCUGUUGGAGGCAGCCCACCUGGCCUCCAUGGCAGCGAAGACUGCAUGGCAGGUGACGGUCCAAAAUGGGACAGCCGAAAUGCAGUGGCAGCACAUGCAGGCGAACAUGCAGCAGCAGCAACAGCAGCAGCAGUACCAACAGCAGCAGCAACAACAGCAGCAGCAGCAGUACCAACAGCAGCAGCAGCAGCAGCAGCAGCAGCAGUACCAACAGCAGCAGCAGUACCAGCAGCAGCUUUGGCAGCAGCAAAUGCAGCAGCAGCAAAUGCAGCAGCAGAUGCUUCAAGCCCAGCAGUGGCAAGCGGAGUUUCAAGCCCAGCAGAUGCAAUGGCAGCAGCUUCAGGCACAGGAACAAGCCCAACAACAGCAAGCGCAACAAGCGCAGCAAACGCAACAAGCGCAGCAAACGCAACACGUGCAACAAGCGCAGCAAGCGCAACAAGCGCAGCAAGCGCAACAAGCGCAGCCGCAAGCGCAGCAGAUUCAAGCCGACGAGCAAAGCCUCAACCACCAGGUGCCGGAUGUCUCCAUAUCUGCAGAGGAAGCUUCUGAUGUUGUCAACAGGACAAUCAACAGGGCGAAGGCCAAGUUGGCUGCUGCAGAAAUUGAGGCACGGAUGAAGGAGAACCAAGAGCCCCCAAAGGAGCCCCCAAAGGAGUCUCCGGAGGAAUCCAAAAAGGCGAUCCCGGAGCCCAAGAAAGGACAGAACGAGGGACCGGAUGUAAAGGAGUCCAAAGAUGGUCCUCCGCGGCGCACUUCAGCCAAAGAGUCGACCUCCGAGCCCAGGCGACCACGUUCGGAGCGGUGGAGGAAGCCGGCAGCCAAGCCGAGUUCCGCUCCGGUCAAAGAGUCUACAGAAGAGAGGAAACUUGCAACCAAGCGACCAGCUGAUCAACCGAGACCGACCCCAAAAAGGUCUCCGAAGCCCAUCUCGGUCCACAGCCGCAGCGCGCGACGGAGCAGCCGGCGACGGUCCAGCAGCCGCCGAAGGUAUCAGACUCGGCGACGCCAGUCGUCCCACUCACGGCGGAGGCGUUUGAGCCGAAGCCGCACACGAGGCCGAAAGCUUCAGAAAGGUUCACCCUCUCCUCCUCCAUGGAGAGCCUCUCGCCGACGAGAGAACACGAAGGCUGAAAAGGCCAAAGGUAAGGAUGACGAGAAGAAGAUUGAGAAGAAGAAGGAGGAGACAAGGACCCCUGAGGAAAAGAAGGACACCAAAGAGACUGAAGUCAAAGAGGCUCAAGAGGCCUGCGAUCAGGAACUUCAAAGCAAGAGGGAGCGGCUGGCUGAAAUGGCCAACCUCAAAGCAAGCGUGGCCGCCCUGUUCGAAGGGCUGGUGUAG